AUGGAAAGCUCAGAUUUCAUCCAUCGACAUGCCACUUUCGAAAACUCCACAAGUAAGUUGGGUAAUUUCAUCUUUCAAUAUCGUCCUAAACAUAUUAAGCGCUAUGACUACAAACCAUGUUUUUUCGUGCUAUCUUCGUCUCGUGGUAGUGGUGACGGCGGAGAAGAAGAAGAUUACGGUCAGUGGAGUUAUAAAAAUUUAGGUUUGGCACCACAUUUAAGUGAUGAUGAUGAGUAUGAUAUGUAUGCUAAGUAUCCUCCUCAAGCAAAUAUGGUGGGCUCUUGCCAUGGCAUCAUUUGUAUACAUGAUCCUCAUCUUAGGGAUGUUAUCCUUUGGAACCCUGCAACUAACAAGUAUAGAUGUCUCCCUAAGUCAUUACCUCUUCUAGAUGAAUUUGGUGCAUUGCAAACAGAGUUCGUUUUGUUUGGUUUCGAUUGCGAAACAUAUGAUUACAAGGUCAUAAAAAUUGCUUUUUUCACAAUUAUCAAAAGUACAGUUGAUGUCACUCCACCAAACAAGAUUCAGAUAUACAGCUUACGCUCGGAUUCUUGGAGGUGGUGUACCGAUUCCAAUUUACAUGCUCACUCUUAUCAGGGAAAUUCUGAAAAUCAAGGUCGAUAUCUUAAUGGUAGUUAUUAUUUUUUAGGUAAAACAUUUCACACAAAUGAAACCAGGCUUGCUUUCUGGCGUUACCCAGUGCUUCUCUCAUUCAAUUUCAGCAGAGAAAGUUUCAGGAUGAUACCUCUUCAAGACUACAUCUCUAGGAUAGAUAUAGUAGGUGAAGGUGAUGAGGGAAAGAUUGUUCACAUUAGACUCAUUUCAGAAAAUACUGCUAAUAAUGACGUGAUCAGGAAAAGUUCUACAUAUAUAAACGAAGUAUAUGAAGUGUGUGCUUUGAAUGAUUAUGAUUACAGUUGUAGUGGUACGAAUGCGGAUAAUGACGAGUACUCAUGGAGCAAACUACAUACAUUCACUGUUAAUCAUCUAUCUGGCCGCCUUGGGCCUAAGGCAAUUACGAAAGAUGGAAAGCUCGGUUUUCUUUGUGGUUAUGACGGUGGUCUGGUAUUUAUUAACUUUCUUACGGGAGAAAUGAAGGAUAUUGAAAUUGUUGAUGCCUCUGUGGAAGGUCUAGGUGAUGUGCUCAGAGCCGAUGUUUACAAGGAGAGCUUAGUCUCAAUCGAUAGUGCAUUUCCUAGCAGCAGCAGUUACUUGAAAUGA